ACAAUGUCGUUUCAGCUGGUGCGGCUAUGCCAAUAUAUUAUUCAAGUCUCCAAAAGCCACCAACGGAUGGAGAGAAAUGGCAGCGGCGUCGUUUAGGUGGAUACUGCAAUUGCACAAGGACGUCCCAAAAGCCUCUCGGUUCUACUCCGAAGGCUUGGAUUUCACCGUCAACGUCUGCACUCUCCGCUGGGCCGAGCUUCAGUCCGGCCCACUCAAACUCGCCCUCAUGCAAUCCCCCAAUGACCAUGCCAUGCAGAAGGGCUACUCUUCCCUUGUAUCUUUCACGGUGUCGGACAUUAACCAAACAGUGACGAAGCUAAUGGCAUUAGGAGCUGAGCUAGAUGGUCCUAUCAAAUACGAAAUCCAUGGGAAGGUUGCUGCCCUGCGAUGUAUUGAUGGGCACAUGUUAGGCCUCUAUGAACCAGCGUAGGGCUCCAGAAGCGAAGCUCUUCGAUAAUGCUGAAGUCUCCGCUCGAGCAGGCAACUCUGCAGACAUAAAUAACAAUACCUCAAUCUGUACGUACCGGCAUGCAGCUCCUGGAUUUACUCACUCCCCCACGAACAGAGAUAUGCACAAUUUGUAUCCAAUCUACACAACAUUAAUUGUAUAUAUUGCAUUAAUUACACAUUCAUUCAUUCAUCCCGAUAUAGCUCAGUCAAUUAAAACACA